AUGGACGAGCAGCUGACUAAAGUGCACAAGGACAUAUAUGCAAUUGUUGCAUCGGUACAAGGAGGAUGUCAAGCUUCGAAAAUCCUCCACGAAUAUCGCCAGAACUAUGGAAUGCUGGACUUCAGGAAAUUUGGGCAUAAAAAUCUCAACGAAUUCCUGGCCACCGUUCCAAAGAUCUUCGUCUCAAGAAAUGCCAUUGGGGAAACGCUUUACAAGGCGAAAUUAGCCGACUCGGAAGCCGCUCGGGACAUUCAAUUUCAAGUGUCCAUGCAGAAAGCACCCGAUCGAGUCAAAACACAAAACUUUAAGAGAAGCCAUUCUACACGUGGCCAACUUCCUCAAACUUUCCAGCGUCAAACCCGCCAGCGAUCAUCUUAUGGUGCUGCUUUCGCAACUCAAUCCUCACACGACAAUCAAAACAGAACGCUUCACGGCUUCAAAAAGGACUAUGUCAGCUCGUGGGUUCGCACUUCGACUCCAAUUGAAGAUCCAAAUGGUCAGAAACCAAUUCCACUCUUAGACGAGGUGUCCACUUAUAAUCGGAUUCACAACGGAUUUGUUCAGGAUAGAAAUUUCGCUCCACAAUUGUAUCCAAGACAGCUGCCUUCAUUUAAACAAAAUUAUGAUAACCGCUCUGUGCAACACUCGCACUCAACGUGGUCUAAUCAUUCGGGAAGAUUUUCACAACAUUCACAGCAGGAUCUUGGAGAGAAAUCGAGAAACAACUCGAAUCCCUAUCGUCAGAAGGCUAAUCAGGCUGCUGCUGCUGCUGUGCCCCAAACCGAAGCUCCACGAGUGUCAAAGACAUCUCAAUUGCUGCAGGAUAAAGAGAUCAAAGCUGAGUGCGAGACUUUAUCCAUAACAUCCGGUCGAUCAAGUCCGAAAGGAGUUGCCCUGUUCAAUUGGGGUAAGAAAUCAAAGCAGGAAAUACCUGAAACACCUGAAACACCAAACACCAAAAACCGCUCUGUU